UCGGUCUCGCGUCAUGGAGAAGCCGAACGUCGCGUCUGUACGCAAGGAUACCGUGCAAUCGGAAGAUGCACGAGAGAACCAAGUUCGGGGGUCAUCUCUCGACACAUCUACUUCAUGGGCACGGUGCGCUGAAGAGCUCUGGAAGCACGAGAAAGACAUCAUACAAGAUCUGAAGGAAGGGAUAGAUACUCUUCUUCUCUUCGCGGGUCUGUUUUCAGCAGUUGUCACCGCGUUCAAUGUCGAGUUCUACAAGACGCUACAGCCCCAGCCGACAGAUUCCACCGCUCAGAUCCUUAUGCACAUAUCAGCACAGCUGAGCAGCUUUGCUGUCAAUUCGGGCUCCAUCAAUUCUACGGUACCCGGAUACCCGGCGAGAUACCUGGAAUCCGUUUCCCAUCUCGACAUCGCCACGAAUACACUCUGGUUCUCGGCGCUAGUCAUAAGCCUUGCGGCCGCAUCCAUUGGGAUCACGAUAAAACAGUGGCUUAACAACCAUGUAGCCGGUGUGCCAUCGAAUCCACGCCAGAGCGCGACUGCUUGGUAUCUUCGCCACACUGGCUUUGAUCAAUGGCACGUCGAGGACAUAGUGAACUUGAUGCCCAUUCUGCUGCAGCUUUCCUUGAUGCUCUUUCUCGUCGGUCUGGUACUGCAAUUCUGGAAGACCAGCGCCGUGGUGGCUGGAAUGGUUCUUGGGCAAAUGGUCUUACUGAUGGCUUUCGCUUUCGGAACGGCCAUCACUCCAUCCCUUAACCCUCACUCUCCCUACAAAUCCCCGAUGUCCCGUGCCCUUUAUAGGCUAUUCCGUGUCUGGAGGUGGAAUUAUGGCACGAGCGCGCGAAAGUUGAAACGAGCGUGUGCUAAGUGGCGCGCUCAUUGGUUUUCCACCGUGCCAUCACUUGUUAGACAGUACACAGCCGACUUCAGUGCAAUUGAGAAUCUCCCUUCGUGGGAGGACAGAGAAGACUUCGAGUUGACUUGCUUGACCCCAAAUAUAGAACCCGUUGUGGUCCUGGACGCCGCAUUCAAAACGUUGAAGGGUGACUUUCUAGAUAGGGUGCUCCAGCCGUUUCUGCGGCUUGCUCCACUGGAGAUUGCACUUCCUAUCUUUGAGCAUUACUGUAGCAAAGAGGUGGGCAGCUCAAAAUCAUAA